UGUGCGUGCCGUGCGUCUGACGUCAUCGCGUCAGAUGGCCGAAUGUUUACAUCCAGCUGUGCUGUGUAGUCUGGAUCCUCCAAACAACAAAGAGCAGGACGCGCGUGGAGCUGCGCAGACGGACGGCAGCCCUCGGCUCAGACAGCAGUCAGGAUGGGUGGAGCCGUGAGCGCCGGCGAGGACAAUGACGACUUGAUCGACAACCUGAAGGACGCGUACUACAUCCGCUCAGACCUGGUGGAGCGAGCCUUUCGAGCCAUCGACCGUGCCGACUAUUACCUGGACGAGUACAGAGACAACGCCUAUAAGGACUUGGCGUGGCGGCAUGGAAACAUCCACCUGUCGGCUCCGUGCAUCUACUCUGAGGUGAUGGAGGCUCUGGAUCUGCAGCCCGGCCUUUCCUUCCUCAACCUCGGUAGUGGGACCGGCUACCUCAGCACCAUGGUGGGACUCAUCCUGGGUCCGUUUGGAGUGAACCACGGGAUUGAGCUGCACGCUGACGUCAUUGAGUACGCCUACCAGAAGUUGGACUCUUUCAUCAAAACCAACGACAGUUUUGACAAGUUUGAGUUCUGUGAGCCGUCCUUCGUGGAGGGGAACUGCCUGGAGAUUCCUCCAGAGAGCCGUCAGUAUGACAGGGUGUACUGUGGGGCUGGGGUGCAGAAGGAGCACGAGGACUACAUGAAGAGCCUGCUCAAGGUGGGGGGCAUCCUGGUGAUGCCUCUGGAGGAAAAGCUGACAAAGAUCACGCGCACCGGAGCAAACAGCUGGGAGACUAAGAAGAUCAUCUCCGUGUCCUUCGCCCCUCUAUCGCUGCCUAAACACAACACCAACGGCAGACCCAAGACCCCUCCUCUCCCGAAGUACGAGGUCCGGACGCUGCAGGAGCUGUCUCGAAUCUGCAUCCGCCACACCCUCAGAGUGACCACAGGCGAGUGGGACAGCCAGCCGCGAGGCCGAGGCUCCUCUUUCAGCGUGGGGAGGGGUCUGGCCGUGGCGGGCCUCCACAAGUACGGCCCUCGCUUUAAACGCCGGCGCGUCCACCGGCGCCACUGCAACGCCCUCGUCCUUGCUACGCGGCAGGUGGUGGCCAGCAGCGGGAUCGGACCCGCGCCCCUGGACAGCAACAACAACCAGGAGGGGCGGGUGGAGGACGAGGAGGUGGGGGUGGAGAGGGAGGCCAGGCGUCUGACGAGAGGGAGCAGGAGGGUUGGGAGGAGGGCGGCGGGGGAGCUGAUGGAAGAGGAGGAGACGGUGGAGGAGGAGGAGGAAGAGGAGGAGCAGCAGGAAGAGGAGGAGGAGAGGGAGACGGGCGAGCUGCUGCGACCUCAGCCGGCGGUGAACGUGCUGAGGGAGCGCAUCCUGAGUCUGCCGCUUCCCGAGCCGCUCAAGAUGUUCCUGCUGUUCUACAGGGAGAAGUGAGCUCCUCCGCCGUCGAAGCCCCGCCUUCACCCGAACCAGAUAGCUCCCAAAGCCCAACUCAUCGUCUAACGUCUCCGCCAUCCUCGUUCUGCUGUGAAGGGUCUCCAGGGGGUGGGUGGGGUUCUCUUAGCUUUCACAUCUUUGCCUAGUUUGGCUUGAGAGAAGAUUUAAACGUCAUCAUGAAAGCAUCACCUGACGGCUGCUCUCCAACUGACAGGGAAGACAUUCCUAACAGGUCAGAGCCUCAAGGCGUGGCCGCUUGUUCCUCCUCCAGGAGGUGGAGCUGUCUGUAAGGAGCAGCCAUGACUGAAGGUUUGAGGUGGACUUGAUCAUUUCCACCGAUUUUCAGCCUAAAAACCGAGUCUUGGGUCCCAGAAAUACAUCAAUCUUUUUUUUUCUCCUCAUUGUUGUUGAGGUUCCUUCAGAAACUCUGAGCUGCUCGGUUCUGGAUCAACCCAGGAACAGAAAACGGGUUUGAGAUCAUCCAGAAUGACCCUUUAAAUGAUUGAAAGUUCUGGACCUUUUUAGCUGUUAUUUUUUUUAUCCAUACAUCUCAUUGAGUAGAUUCUAUAAUAGUGAGUUAAUCAACAUAGAAAAAUCUUUUUUCUUUUUUUAAUCUGAGUGCAGGUUUUUAUUUAUUUUUCUAGUGAUGUGCAUCUGCAGCACCGUUUCCUGAAUCAUGAAGAACAUUUGAUCGCGUUUUCCCUGCGUAGGAUUUCAGUUAGGGGCAAUAUUUGGUUGCUCCUUUCCUUGAAAAACCUCCUUUUGUGCCAAACCCAGGCUGCAUGAACUCAAGGACGUGGAUUUAAACUAGUACUUGUUUUUGUUUCGUUUCAAUCAUGCAGGUCAGCAUAUGCGCUUUAUCGGUGAAAUUGUGGGUGUGGUCACAAUGUUUGAAAAUCAUAAAAUUGUCUGUUUAUUUCAGUUUUUUUCUUCUAGCUCUUAUUUUUAAAAGCCGGAGCAUCACCUGCUUCCGUUUGGAUAAUUUCCUCGCUGGCGUCGUCAUUCCUGAGUCCUUUAGGAGCCGUUCCUGUGUGGCGUUGUGCGUCUGUGCUGUUGAGUGUAUAGUCGUUUUAUUUUUUUUUAUUCAACUCUUGAAAAGAAUGGCUUGCAGAUUUUAAAGAUAUGAGUUGUAUUACUGAUUGCUGAAAAUAAACUUCUGCAAGGUAAGAAA